CACCUUUCCGCUCUUCUUCGAAAAUCAGCUCCGUCGCGUCGCACUGUAAAGGCUGUAGUCUCGUACACGUGUCAUAAUACCAUUUGACAAUAUUUUGUCGGAGCAAUUGGGCUCGAAAGCAGUGCCCUUUUUUUUAAUCUCAGGUUAAUCAAAAAAGCUGAAGCUAAGAAUCCGACGAUUCGAUCUUCGUCGAGACGAAUACACAAUUUAAGGUGGGAAGGCUAUGGCGGAGUCGUCGUCGUCGUCGUCGACGGAGGAGCUGGUGAGGUUGAUCAAGCGGCUAGGAGCUUACGUCACCUUCAAGAUAUCCAAUCUCUUCUCUAUGCCUCUCCGCAACCUGGAUUCACGGUCCAUUGGAGCUAUUGCGGGGCUUGCUAUUGCUAUAAUUUUCACGUGGAGGGCGAUAAGAACUCCGGGGGAGCAUCAAAGACGGCAACCGAAGCGGAGGGUACCGACUGCUGGAAGUUCUUCAUCAGAUUCUCAGUCGAAUAUAGCAACCAACCCGCCGGAUGCUUCUUUGUCUCAUGAGGAUACGAGAGUGCAAAAUCAGGCCCUGGGCCAUAUAGUCAGGCGGAAACUUAGUGAAGGAAGGAAGGUAACGUGCCGCCUUCUUGGAGUGAUUCUUGAGGAAACAGAUCCAGAAGAACUCCGGAAACAAGCAACAGUGAGGUCAUCGGUGCUGGAAGUACUCCUAGAAAUAACAAAGUUUUGUGAUCUUUAUCUCAUGGAAAGAGUCCUUGAUGAUGAAAGUGAAAGCAAGGUUCUUCAGGCUUUAGAAAGUGCGGGAGUUUUCACAUCGGGUGGUUUGGUCAAAGACAAGGUUCUCUUCUGUAGCACAGAAAUCGGAAGAACGUCCUUUGUCCGGCAACUAGAACCUGACUGGCAUAUCGACACAAACCCGGAAAUCAUCACCCAAUUAGCUAGGUUCAUCAAGUAUCAGCUUCACGUCUCUCCGACGAAACCUGAGCGGACCGCUCCAAACGUAUUCAGUUCACCGUCAUUGGAGCAUUUCUUUGGAAACGUUUGAGGUAAUGAAAAAAAUGCAGGCGAAAUAUACUUCAGACCAUAACUUAUCCCAAGGUCUCCUCAUGGCGGCGAACGUACGUUUGAUAUCCAUGUUUCUUCUUCUUCUGCUUCUUGGUUUUUUUCCUUCGGCUUGGUCUUGUUGUUCUGAUCAGAGUGUGAGAAUUUUGAGAUUAGACCACGUGGGAAAGUACCAAAGUUUGUAAUUUUGUUAAUUUAUAUUAGACUUUGACGUUGUCUGAAA